GAUGAAUUCCUUCUUCAGAUAAUGUUAAUUUGUAUAUUACUGUCAUGAUUGCAUCCGUAUUCUUCUCGUUCGUUAAAUUUUUGAAAUCUGUAAUCGUGAAAAGAUAAAAAUCGGAAUGGAUCCGGAGAUGGGGAUGCCUAGCCCUAAUCCGAACAACGCGUACGGAGAGCCUCCGUCGCCGUCUCCCUCUCCGUCCCCUCGAGCGCCGGCACUGGUGGUUUCCAAUUCCAGCAAGUCGCUGGCCGUGUCUAACUCUGCCAAGGCUUUGCUCGUUUCUAAUUCUGCCAAGGCUCUGCUGGCAUCGAGUUCCAGUAAAAGGAUGGACGCUUCCGGGAAGAAGAAGUACGUGAAGCAAGUGACAGGCAAGCACAAUGACACGGAGCUACAUCUGGCGGCUCAGCGUGGGGAUCUGGCGGCAGUGAGGCUGAUCCUGGAAGAGAUUAACGAGCAGAUGCUCAAGACGAUGACCGGGGCUGAGUUUGAUGCGGAGGUGGCGGAGAUUAGGGCAGCCAUGGUGAAUGAGGUGAAUGAAUUGGGGGAGACGGCACUGUUCACCGCGGCUGAGAGGGGAUACAUUGAUGUGGUUAAGGAGUUGCUUCCUUACACAACCAAAGAGGGGAUUACUAUUAAGAAUCGGUCGGGUUUCGAUGCCUUGCACAUUGCUGCCAAUCAAGGCCAUGAAGCUAUUGUAAAGUUGCUGUUGGAUCACGAUUCGGAACUAAGCAAGACAAUCGGUCAAUUGAAUGCAACUCCUCUUAUAUCAGCAGCCACUAAAGGUCAUGCAGUAGUUGUCAAUGAGUUACUCACCAAGGAUUCUAGCCUGUUAGAGAUUGCCAAGUCGAAUGGCAAGAAUGCGUUACAUUUCGCUUCGCGCCAGGGGCACGUGGAGGUCGUUAAAGUGUUGCUGGGAAAGGACCCGCAACUGGCAAGAAGAACUGAUAAGAAAGGACAAACUGCUUUGCACAUGGCUGCAAAGGGCACUAGCUCUAAGGUGGUAAGGCUGCUUCUCCAGGCAGAUGCAGCCACUGUUAUGCUCCCUGACAAGUUUGGUAAUACUGCUCUGCAUGUUGCCACAAGGAAAAAGAGGGUUGAGAUAGUGAAUGAGCUCUUACUGAUCCGUGAUACCAAUGUCAACGCUCUGACAAGAGACAACAAAACAUCACUUGACAUAGCUGAAGGGCUUUCUUUCUGUGAAGAAAUCGGAGAAAUAAAGGAAUGCUUGACACGUUUCGGUGCCAUUAGAGCAAAGGAACUAAACCAGCCGCGCGACGAGCUUAGGAAAACCGUAACAGAGAUUAAAAAAGAUGUACACACACAGCUCGAACACGCUCGCAAGACUAACAAGAACAUGAAUGGCAUUGCUAAGGAGCUUAGGAAGCUCCACAGAGAAGGAAUCAACAAUGCCACCAAUUCAGUCACUGUCGUCGCCGUGCUGUUUGCCACUGUUGCCUUCUCGGCCAUUUUCACAGUCCCCGGGGGCGACGAUGAAGAUGGGAAGGCAGUCAUGGUGGGCACCUCAGCUUUCAAGAUCUUUUUCAUCUCCAAUGCCGUUGCACUCUUCACGUCUCUGGCUGUGGUGGUUGUACAAAUCACAGUGGUGAGGAGAGAAAUAAAAUCCGAAAGAAGGGUUGUGGAGGUGAUCAAUAAGUUGAUGUGGUUGGCCUCGGUUUGCACCACGCUCGCGUUUGUCUCAUCGGCUUAUAUAGUUGUUGGGAAACGGCAUAGGUUCGCCGCAGUUCUUGUUACUGUGAUAGGUGGGGUGAUCAUGGCUGGGGUUCUAGGCUCCAUGACUUACUAUGUGGUGAAGUACAAAAGGAUUAGGAAAGUGAGGAAAAAGCAGAAGUUUUCGAGGGGUGGUGGGAACAAUUCAUGGAGAUAUUCAGACUUUUCUGAAUCAGAAGUUAACUCAAUAUAUGCAAUCUGAUUGAUAGAUGGCUUCUUAAUUGGUUAGCUAGGGAUACAAAUCCAGAGGUGUAAAUAUUGGAUUUGCACUGUUGUACAUGAAAAAAAUCCAUUGGAGCUCACAUAUUUUUGUUUGUCUACUGAGCAUUUUAAUCAAACUUGCCAAAUUCCCAUUUUAUUUUCAAUGCUCUUUCUUGCAAAAAGUGGAAUGAAGUUGUGGUUGUUGA